CGCUGGACCGCGCGCGAGCACGAGCUCUUCCUCGACGGCCUCGAGCGCUUCGGCAAGAAGUGGAAGCUCAUCAAGGAGCUCAUCCCGACCAAGACCGUGACCCAGGUCCGCACGCACGCCAACGGCCACUUCUCGAAGAUGCUCCGGCGCACCGUCGGGAAGCCCGACGCGCUCGAGGUCUCCCACGCGCUCCUCGCCCUUCGGUCCAUCGCGGGCUGA